GUGUUCAGAGCAGAAUGGAGGUGGAGAUGUUAAGUGGAAGAAGCUCCAAACCCAGCGUGGCUCCUUGUACACUCACGAAAGUGGCUCUGAUCACAUUGGUGUUUUUCUGUCUUGCUCUGCUGAUUGCUGUUAUUGGAGGGUUGGGUUUAAGAAAAAAACAUUUUUUAUUUUCUAUAUUGCUAACAAAGUCCUUAUUGUCCUCCAAAAACAAAAAGACACCAGUGCAAAAGUUUGUGCACCCCCCUUCUCAAUAUGAUGUAAAUGCUCUAUAAUUUCAGCAACAUGUUUCAUAUCCUCUGAAUGGUUUUUGGAUUAUCUCCUUUGUUACAGUUGGGAAGAAUCAAAAACUGACAAUCGACAAAAACUGAAUCAACAAUUUUGAAGAAAGUGCGUUCUGUAAUAUUUAAGAAUUACCAUUGAAAAAUACCCUAGAACAGAGUAUUUUACUAUCAGGAACCUUUUAGGAAGUUAAGAACCCUUAAAGACACAAAGAACCAGCAAGGAACCCCUUUUAAAGAGUUUUCCUGACAUCUUUGUUGUCUUUUUUUUUUUUUUUAAAUCAGGUCUAGAGACUGACAGGCAAAGGGCGAAAGUUUAAUUUAUUGCUUUUGGUUCUCAAAAAACAUUAUUCUGGAGUUUUAGCUUCUUGGAAAAUAGAAAAUAGAAAUAAAAUAGUUACGCCUUUAUAUGCGGAAACUAUAUGUCGAGGGGGUCAAAACAUUUGCACUGAGCUGUAGCUCCUUUCUGUUGUUGCUUUUAGGUAUAUAUACUCACACACACACACACACACACACACACACAUACACACACACAGACACAGACACUGCAUGACUCAUGAGGUGUCAUUGGAAACGAGUUGUAGUAGCCUCCUACUUGCUUCAGACAUGUGUGUGUGUGUGUGUGUGUGUGUGUGAGAUUAUUUUGGGAGAGUAUGAAGUUACACACAGCUUUGCUCUGAGGACCGAUUAGUUCUGUGUACCAACACAAGCACGUACCAUGUGUAGGGAUUUUAACAACCUUCACACCACAGCGCUACUGAAUUCUGGAUUCUGAUUGGUCAGAAGGUGUUGAUUAGUUUUCUAUAACAGCAGCUCUGACAGUAGUGCAGCCGCAAAUCCCAGGUUUGUAUUAAUGCGCUAGUUUUAAUAUAAAAGUAUUGUUUAUAUAGUAACAGAUCAUUCACACACACACACACACACACACACACAUACACACACAUACACACACACACACACACACACACACAUGCUGAGCUAAAGCUCUGUAUCUGAGUGGUGUUCUGGUUCACGCUGUGGUCAUCUGCUGUCUAGUUGCGUAGUGGGCUGUAAACAGUGUAAAAGCAAAUCCACAAGAGUUGCACAACACACACACACACACACACACACUCUAUGUGGUGUUACCACUACUGGUCAGUCAGUGUUAAGGCUAAAAUGCAGUAUAAACAAUAUUGCUUAUUUGCAUGCUUUUUCAUUCUGUGUGUGUGUGUGUGUGUUUGUUUGUGUGUGUUUGGUCUAUGUGCUUUUUUGGUAUGUGUGCAAUAGAGCGUUAGGUCAGCAUUCCUGUUGACAUCCACACCAGGGACAGCUGUUGCAGCGUGAUGUUAGUUACGGGAUGUUGGUCACUCUGACACUCUCACUUUUUUCCCCUCUAAGUCUCGCAGAAAACGGCCAGUGAAGAGUUUUGUCUAACGCCGGAUUGCAUCGAAGCAGCCGGUUCCAUUCUUAACAAGCUGGACCCCAGCGUCAACCCGUGUGAUGAUUUCUACCAGUACGCGUGUGGAGGCUGGCUCAGAGAACACCCCAUUCCGGAAGAUUCCUCCAGCUACGGGAUCUACCCCUGGCUCCGGCAGAACGUGGACCUCAAACUCAAAGAGCUGCUGGAACAGCCCACUGCGGAGGGAGACAUCGAGGCAGUGAAGAAGGCCAAGAUGUUGUACCGCUCCUGCAUGAAUGAGACUGCCAUCGAGCUGGUGGACUCCAAGCCGCUGCUGAAGGAGCUGAAGAAGCGCGAGUUCCGCUGGCCCGUCCUGGGCGACGCUCUGGGUUCUGACGUGCAGUGGGACCCGAGAAAGUUCGACCUGCUCCAGACGCUGGCUCAGAUCCGCACUCAGUACAGCAAAUCCGUCCUGCUGCGGCUCUACGUCUCGCCUGACGACAAGAACUCUCAGGAGUUCAUCAUCAAGCUGGACCAGGCGUCCUUGGCUUUAUCCAGAGAUGAUUACAUCACCAACAGUGCAGAAGCACAAACAAACCGAGAGGCUCUUCUGAAGCUCAUGGUGGGCGUGGCCGUCAUGCUGGGAGCCAAUGAGCAGACGGCUGAGUCUCAGAUGAAAGCGGUGCUCGACUUUGAGAUGAAACUCGCUCAGAUUGUGAUUCCUUAUGAGAACCGCACCAGUGAGAGCAUGUACAACAGAUACAGCCUGUCUAAACUACAGCGCACCAUCCCUGAGUUUAACUGGCUGGCUUUUGUUCGAGCAGUGAUCGACUCUAAGCUCUAUCCUGAUCUUUCCGUCUCGUCCUCGGAGCAGGUGAUCGUUCGAGCUCCUCAGUACUUGAAGGAUCUUUUCCGGCUGCUUAACGUGACAGAGAGCAGGACGGUGGCUAAUUACGUGGUGUGGAGGUCCAUCCUGUCCCGAGUCACCACGCUGAGCCGACGCUUCCUCUACAAAUACCUCGACUUUGCUCGAGUGACGACAGGAGCGACGUCUCUGACUCCUCGCUGGGACAAGUGUGUUAAUUAUGUGGAGAGCACGUUAAUGUACGCCACCGGACGCCUGUUUGUUGACAAGCACUUUCAGGAAGAUAAGAAACACAUGAUGGAGGAACUGAUUGAUGGCAUCCGCUGGGCGUUCAUUGACAUGCUGGAGAAAGAAAAUGACUGGAUGGACGCAGAAACCAAGACGAAAGCCAUAGAGAAGGCCCACGCGGUUCUGCCUAAAGUGGGUUAUCCAGAGUUCAUCCUGAACAACACCUACAUCAACGAGGACAUCCGACAGUUGUCGUUUUCGGAGCAGGAUUAUUUCGGGAACGUGAUGCAGACGUUGCGUUUCAUCGCGCAGUCGGACAUCGGCUGGCUCAGAACCAGGGUUCCACGCACAGAGUGGUUCACGAGUCCGACGACUGUGAACGCUUUCUACAGCUCCUCCACCAACCAGAUCAGAUUUCCAGCAGGAGAACUUCAGAAACCGUUCUUCUGGGGACUGAGCUAUCCUCGAUCGUUAAGUUACGGAGCGAUCGGUGUGAUCGUUGGACACGAGCUCACACACGCUUUUGAUAACAACGGUCGGAAAUAUGACAAAGACGGGAAUCUGAAUCAGUGGUGGAGCAACGCGUCAGUCGCGAACUUCAACGACAAGACGCAGUGCAUAAUCGACCAAUACAACAACUACUACUGGAAGGAGGCGGGGCUUAAUGUGAAAGGGAAGAGAACGCUGGCGGAGAACAUCGCUGACAACGGAGGAAUCCGAGAAGCUUUCAGGGCGUACAGGAGGUGGGUGCAGAAGGAAAGGUCAGGGGUCGAGGAGCCGUUAUUACCAGGAGUGGGUCUGACCAACAAUCAGCUCUUCUUCCUCAGUUACGCUCACGUUCGUUGUAACUCUUACAGACCCGAAGCAGCUCGAGAUCAGAUCCUCAGUGGAGCUCAUAGUCCACCGAAAUACAGGGUCAUCGGUGCUAUGAGUAACUUCGAGGAGUUCCAGAAGGCCUUUAACUGCCCCGCGACGUCAGUCAUGAACAGGGGCGUGAAGUCAUGCCGGGUGUGGUAGAAUUGGAGAACAUGGCAAGUUCUGAGUUCUUGAACAUGGGCCAAACCUCGACCAAUGAACCACGCCACAGUGUUCUAACCAGAACCAGGCCUCUGUAGACCACUGUAUCUCUGGUUCUUCUCCACUGGAACCCAGGAACACUUUGAGUGUCAUGUUCUUCUCCUCAUCACCUCCGUCUGAUCUCUGCUGUAUGACAAACUAGAAGCCUGAACAUGUUUGUGGAACCUGAACGUUCUGCAAAUGAGAUCCAUCCUCCACGCUUCUUCUUCUGUCACUCAGUUGGAACAUUUAAAGGUUCUGUGUGGAACCCUACACCUGAGUGAAUCCUAUCAGAGAAAGUUCCAAGCAGAACCCUUUUAGAAAGGUACGAACCUUUAAAGAACCAUUUUUUUUAAACUGAAAAUUUUGGAUUGUUAGCUUCUAAAAAAGGACAAGACUUUGUUAUAGGGUUCUACAAAGAACCUUCCAGGGUUCCUUAUAUCUAACUAACCUUAGUAACCCAAAUUCAAUGGCUAGGGUUCUACACGGGGUAUAAAAAGAACACUUAAGGGUUCCACCAGAGGAACAAGUCAAAAAACAUUUUAGAACUAGAUGGAUUUUGUUCCCUUAAUAGCAUACUAAUGUAAACUUCAGAAAAAAGGCAACAUUUAGAAUGCUUGAGGGUUCUCUGGGUGUUCCUCUGGAGAACGCUUAAAGGUUCUAUGUAGAAUCCUACAGUAGAAUGUUUCCCUCUCAAGAAGAACCAUUUUAGAAAGGUUAAGGAACCUUUUUUUUUUAUUUAAUCUAAAUGGAUAGUUAAAGUUUCCUAGCUUCCAAAAAAUGUAGAACCCUUUCUGACAGGACAACACUUUGUUUUAGGGUUCUACAUAGAACCUUUCAGGGUUCCUUAUAACUAAACUUAUAACUAACUAACCUUAGUUAUAACCCAAAUUAGUUAUCUGGUUAGGGUUCUACACACACAUCCACCAGAGGAACAAAUCAAAAAACCUUUUAGAACAGGACAGAAGGGUUAAGUUUGGAAUCCUUAAGCGUUCUUUGGGUGUUCCUCUGGGGAACCCUAAAAGGUUCUAUGUAGAAGCCUUUAGCAGAGUGUUUCCCUCUCUAAAAGAUUUCCAAGAAGAUCUCUUAUAGAAAGCUAAGAACCCUUAAAGAACACUUUCCGAUUGUUACUUUGAUAGUUAAGGGUUCUUAGCUUCUGAAAAAGGGUUCUACUUAGAAGUUCUACUUAGGCCAACAUUUUGUUACACAGUUCUACACAGAACCUUUCAGGGUUCCCUACCACGAACUAGCCCAGUGAGUUAGCCAAUCAGGUGAGAGUACAUUACUUUUCACACCAUGUAGCUCUUUUCUUCAUUGUAUUAUUUCAAAUAAACACAAAAGAGUAGAACUUUUAAAUCAUACUCACUAAUGCUAGCUAGCUAGCUUGCUAGCCAGAUUUAGCGAGCUAGCUAGCCAACUGGACAUGUGACAUGACAAUUUAAAUAACUUUAUAAUUAAGUGUAAAUGGUGAUAAUUAUAAUAAUCUGAUACCUGACCUGGGGUCCAUUACCGUUCAUAGCGUAGCGUAGCGCUGUGGCUAGCAUAUUAGCUUAGCUUAGCUGUUUAUUAGCGUAUUUAUUUUUCCAUUUUUCUUCUUUAAAAUAUUUUAAUUGUGAUGUGCUGAGAUCAGCAUUAUAUCAGCAGGAAAGCACUGUAUCUGAAUGUAAUAUAGUAAUAAAUAAUUAUCCUGAAAAGGUUUUGUUUCUCUGUAACAGUAGUGAUAGCGCUACAUUGGGGCUUCGUAAAACGUUCGUAAGCACUGCGUAAAGUGUCGAAACUCGUCAGGUGACUGUUUUUAGCCUUUAUAAGAAAAAGCCCAAAUUAUUAUGUAAUCGACUGUAAUCACUAUUUAAUCUUUAAAUUAUUAGUGUGUCUUCAUGAACAGAACAUUCAUAACACUUUAUGAUGCUUCUAUGAGACAUUCGUGUCUUAUGUCACCUGUUUAUUAAAUCCACUUCAUAUACGACAUACAAUAGAACUUCAGUUGUUUAAGUCCAUAUGAGUUAUUUAUGUCCUCAAACCGAAUCAAUGUUUCAUUUAUAACACUCUUAUGAAGCGCUAUGUAUUCCUCAUACAGCUUCCCUAAUAAAUAAAUAAACAAAUAAAUAAAUAAAUAAAUAAAUAAAUAGAUAGAUAGAUUAAUUAAUUAAUUAAUUAAUUGGAAAUGUCAUGGAACAAUCCCAAAUCUUUUUUAAAUAAGCUGAUAAUAAUAAUAAUAAUAAUAAUAAUAAUAAUAAUAAUAAUAAUAAUAAGAGUUUUAAACUCUUUUUUCAGUGUGAUGUCAGUAUUUUAUCAUUUUAUUUAGUCCACAUGACGUUUAUAAAUGUGUUAUUAAGGCCCUGCGUAGGUUUAAUAAUGUUACAUAUUUUUGUGUUUUUCCCUAAAUGACUCGUGGGACACAAACUAUGCAAAUGUUCAGUGUUUUUGAUCAAUUUUAAAUCUAUUUUAGUUCACUGUGGUGAUGUUUUAAAUGUAUUAAAAUUAUUUAUUUAAAAAAUAUUAAAAAUGUUAAUAAAAUGUUUGUAUAAAAAUAGGUUUUGUUUUUUAAGUCAAAGUGCCUUAUAUUCCUAAAGAUAAACUAUCUUUGUGUGUCUUUGUGUGUGUCUUUGUGUGUGUCUGUGUGUGCCUUUGUGUGUCUGUCUUUGUGUGUGUGUGUGUCUGUUUGUGUGUCUUUGUGUGUGUGUCUGUGUGCACUUUUGUGUGUUUGUCUUUGUGUGUGUGUCUGUUUGUGCCUUUGUGUGUGUCUUUAUGUGUGUCUCUGUGUGCACUUUUGUGUGUUUGUCUUUGUGUGUGUGUCUGUUUGUGUGUCUCUGUGUGCACUUUUGUGUGUUUGUCUUUGUGUGUGUCUGUUUGUGUGUCUUUGUGUGUCUGUGUGCACUUUUGUGUGUUUGUCUUUGUGUGUGUGUCUGUUUGUGCCUUUGUGUGUUUGUCUUUAUGUGUGUCUCUGUGUGCCUUUGUUUUUGUGUCUUUGUGUGUGCCUUUGUUUAUCUUUGUGUGUCUGUGUCUUUGUGCUUGUGUGUGUCUGUGUCUUUGUGUGUGUGUUUGUGUCUUUGUGCUUGUGUGUGUGUCUGUGUGUGUAUCUGUGUGUGUGUGUUUGUGUUAUACAUAAAUAAUGAGGUUGAAUGUAUGAGUGCAGUCUGAGGCACAUGGCAGGAAUUUGGGGUGAAGUAAAAAUAGCAACAGACGUCCUGGAAAUAGACUCCAAACACACACACACACACACACACACACACACACAAUUAAUUAAUUAAUUAAUUAAUAAAGACAUAAUUAUUAAUCAAUUAAUUAAUAUAAUACACUGGAUAAAGCCUUAAAAAGUAAGUAAAUUCUUCUUCUUAUUAUUAUUAUUAUUGUUGUUGUUGUUGUUGUUGUUAACACUCUUUAUUAAAUAACAAGAAUGAACAUAUGAAAAUAAUCUAAAAUUGAAUAUGAUUUUAUAAUGUGUUUUAAUUUUGCUUUAUUUUAGGUUUUAUUCAUAUUCAUUUCAUAAAGCAUUCAUAUUAUCAGUUUAUUCACAAAUUGCAUUUAAUUAAAAAAAAAAAGAACAAAAACAAAGAUGCGAAAAAUGAAGUCAUAGCUGUGGUACAACAAUUUGGUUUUGAAUUCAGUAAAUCAAUUUUUUUAUGUUUUAUUUUGAUUAAUUCUUUAUAUCAAAACGAUGUGAAAAGAAGCAGGUGUGUGGGUGUGUGUGACUGACAGGUGAGGGUUAUUGCAUCAUAAUAUACAAGAGCCAAUCAGGUUCCAGGAUGCAAAUACACACUGAGUGAUUUAUUAUGCAAUUGGGGGAAACUAUAUAAAUAAAUAUCAACUGUGGUGAGCUUGAAGUUUAAAGUGUUAUUUCAAACACUGGCCACCAGGGGGAGCAAAUUCAAAACAGUUUUGAGAGACGCUCAAUCCUUACACUGAAUAUUUCAGUCUCUUGACAUUUUGAGCUGUCAGACAAGCAGACACCACACACACACACACACACACACACACAGAUGGAAAAGGCGCCAGUUGCUGAAAUGACACAGAUUCUCUCGGCGUCGCCUCUGGUGAAAUUCAGUUAACAUCUCUGGAGGCCUGAGCAGAGAAGAUCAAGGCAGACGUGAUGGAACUUUCGGGAAGGCAUUAGACACAGAGCUGGAGGAACCCAUCUAGGAUGUUCUGGAACGUUCCUGCAGACCCUAACCGGCUGCUUUACCUCCUGCUGAGAAUCGACAUGUCAGCAUUGAAAAGAGGUCACAUGAUCAUAAAAAUCUCAUGCGUCACCAGAUCACAAACAUCGCAGAAAUAUGGGACUGAGGUUUUUACUAAAAACAACAACAACAACAACAACAACAACAUUAUUAUUACUUAUUAUAAGACGGGAAAUAAAUUAAAUAUGGUGCUCCUGAGAUGCUGAAUGUUUCCCUGGUUUCAUUUAUUGCAACUUUCUGGUGACUUAACGUCAUACACCAUCUCAUGACAUACGACAUUUUCUCUUAUCACGCUAACGAUAGCAAACAAGCUGACUAGCUUUGGCUACUUUGAAGGCCGGAGAACAAAAAUUGAACACGAACAAAAAUACACACACUACAAACAAUCAGACAUGAUAGCUAAAGUUAUUAAACUAGCCUAGCUUAUUUUAAUUUGCCUUUUAUCAGACCGUUAGCUAGAAAGCUAAUUGUUCUAGCUCGCUCAGGAAACCAGCACGCUAGCUGUAAGAGGAUUUGCUCCUUCACCUGGUACUCGUUGAUUGCGAACCUCAUUUUGUUGUCCUUUGAGAAACUCUAAGAAACUGCUCGAGUAAACAAAUUUACGUCGAAUGCCAUUCGAUACACAUAAACAGCUCUUUAAAGUAAUGGAUUUGUACAAGCAGGAAAUUGACGACUUUCAUCGAUGUGUGUGAAGAGAUUCCAGCGUGGCAAAAAGCCCAGACACUUUUAUCUCCAGCCGGUGGAAACGCGAAACCGCAGACGCGUGCUAAUAAGCUGAACAUCACGACCCACUGGGGAAAUGCAGGCCAGUGGAAACGAUGUGGACGAGAGAAAGUUUUGGCACCCUGCCUGCCAGCACAAGUCCAGGAGACUUCUACACCGGAGAUCUUGCGUCAUUCACUCGGGUUGUUUCAGUGGAGUAAAACUAAUAAAGACUGAUAAUGUGGAAAAUAUUAAUGAAACAGACUGUGAAAAAUAAAAGAAUUUUAAAAAAUACAAGAAGGACAAAAAGAAAUAAAAAUCUUCUGGAUGUCUUUUAACAGUGUACAAUCAUUGUGUUACUGUGUGUAUAAUUUAAACAUAUCUGUACUUUAGUUUUUAAUUUGAUUCAAUACAUUUCAAAAGAAUUAUUUCCACAUUAUACUCUUUUUUUAAAGAACGGAUUUUAUUCCAUAAUCUGCAUAUUUUUCUUGCAAAUUCUGCAAAUUCUUAACAAUCUUCUAAACCUUAACUCACAUAAAAUUAUGUGUUUCUUUGUAAAUGUUUACAUUUUACUUUAAAACCACCGACAAAAACGUCAGAUGUUGACAUUUAAGGAUUUUCCCACUAAUAAAACAUGUAAUAUAAAAAAAUGUAAUUAAAAUGCAUGCUAACUACUUUCUUUAAUUAUCACCCUGGUUGUGCUAAAUGUAUUUAUCUUAAUAAAUAUUUUAACAUUCA